AUGGCCUCAGGGCGCAGCUGGGAUGCCAAGCGGCGCAGUACGAGCAGACGGCCGCAUCCGUCUAGUUACGCCUCUCCUGAGCUUGCUGGAGCCGCCGACAGAGCCUUCAUAUGCAGCAGCACGCGCCCUGGUGCCUCUCCUGCGCGACGCUGCCCGCCAGUCUCUCUGACCACCGCCUUGGACCCGGAACUGAUGCCCACUGAUACCAAGCUUUCGCCCCAAGCGCGGCCUCACAGCCUCGUUUCCUGGAACUGCAAGUGCGCACUCGUCAUCGGCCCCUCCCGCCUCAUCCCUCGACCACCAGUGCACCACGCCUUCAUCCCUCCUCCACCACCACCCAGGACUCCUCCCCAUCCGACCCGACCGCGCCUGCUGAGCCCGCCGUCAAUUGGCACCCUCACCGCAAGAGGCAGCUCAACAACGCAUACUCGCAUAUCGAGCCAAUUCAUCCCCACCGCCCCGCAUAUACCACCCCGGCGCGUGCGAGCAUCCUCCCAGAACAUUGCCAGAGACAUUGCAUACCCCCAAGCCAUGUCCCUCUCGCGCGGCAUCCAGUCGGCCAUCUUCCACUACCUGUCCUGCGCGCCAUGUUCCGGCUACAUGUACCGCUCGCGCCGCCGGAAACAGGCCAAGCACGACAGGAAGGAGAAGAACAAGCUUGAGAUGGAGCAGCCCGAAUUGUACCGCCAUCCAGAGCCCUCGGCCACCAACCCCUUCUGGGCUGAAGAGAUAUUCAUGGGACCGGGACCACCGCGAAGAGCUGGCCGCAAGACCAACACCAGCAGCCAGAGGGGCAUAACAACUGCCGACACACACAGCACCGUCGCGAGCAACGGAGGAAGUAGCUUGGAUAUUGGCUCCUCCGAUGGGAAGCCUGUGCGAGUUUCAGGAGACACGUUGCGCGGGGACAAUUGGAACAGGCGGCGCUAUCAGAGAGAAGACGAAGAGCUAUGGGGCCUUGGAGAAGCUGUUAUGCAGGCUGGUUCCUCUGUUGGUCUUUCGGGCAUCACUCGACCACCGACAGCACGCACCGCGAAGUCCUCCGGAGAGAGCUACUAUCACCCUCGCGCCCCACCAAUAAACGACCUGCACCCUCCAAUUGUGAGUUUGCCAUCGCCGCACCCCGCAGACAACAAAUGGAUGCUUCAACCUCCUCCGAGAGCCAGUGUCAUGAAUGGGAAAGAGCGGGCCACGAACAGGAGCCGAAGUGGAAGCGGCGCCAGCAGUCGUGUGGAGGUGAACCUGCAACGUCAAGUGAGCACCAAGCAGUUGAAGGCGAAGCUCGACAGGGGUGAGACUCCAGAAAUGCCGCCCCUGUCGAGGGGUAGCUCGUACAGCAACGCACAAGGCCAAGGUCACGACCGGGAUCCCAAAGCACCCAGGGCUGCUCCACCGUCAGCGACUCCAUCUCGCCGAAAGCGACGUGAUCCAAGCCCCGAAAAGCCAGCCGAUUCCUCUACAGAGUCAAGCGACACAAUUGUUUACCCCUCCAGAGACUCCACCCCUCAAUUGACUUCCCAGCCUAGCCUGAAAGUUGUCCGCGUCCGCAGCAGCAGACAGAAACUCUCCACGGUAGUCUCAAGCGGAGAUGCAUCCCCACCGUCUAAGAACCUCUUAUCUAAGGCCGUCUCCUCCCCUAGCCAAACCGAUAAGUCCUCUGGCUCUCUCCGCGUGACCAGACCACGUCCACCACUGGCCGCCUCGGACCUCUCUUCCCUCAAUAUUCUGCAGGACCUGGUCUCGCCGCGAGCCCUACUCAACUCCCGCUAUGUCUCUGCUCCCCUAGUGGAAGCGCGGAUCAAAUUGCCCGAAGUUGACCGCGACGAAGAAACCCUCCUCGUCGGCCAAGAGGACAUCACAUGGGUCGACAACGGCUUCGGGCAGAGCAGAGAGUGGCAGGACGACGAGAGCCACUCGAGGGCCCCAUCGCGGGAUCCGCGCACGAGAUGGAGUGUGGACUUCUAG